AUGGCGUCUCAGUGGCAGGGCAUGAGGACCUCCGUGCGCAGACGAUCACUCCUAAAGGAGGAACAGCUAGAAAAUGAGGUGACCCGAUCUGCUGGGGGUCAUCUGGAGACCGGUCCCUUGAGCUCCCUAUGCAGACAGUUCCAAAGGAGGCUGCCACUGAGAGCGGUCAGCCUGAACCUCGGUCAUGGCCCCUCCUGGAAACGCCUGGAAAGUCCAGAGCCAGAGCAACAAGGUCUUCAGGCUGCAGCUCGCUCAGCCAAAAGCGCCUUGGGUGUCAUGUCCCAGAGGAUCCAGGAGUCCUGUCAAAGUGGAACCAAGUGGCUGAUGGAGACACAGGUGAAAGUGAGGAGGAAGCGAGGAGCCCAGAAAGACAAAGGGUCACCACCACCCAGUCUGAGCCAGAAGAAUACUCGGCUAUGCAGGGCCAACCGGGAUGCUAGAGUUGGGGGACAUCCUCGCCUCUCUGGCCAGAUGGGUCCACAUGCCCAUCGUCGUCAGCGGCUAAGGAGGGAGGCUGCCCUCCGGAGCCCCUGUUCCUCCAGAGAACCUCUCUGCUCUCCCAGUGAGUCUGACAGCGACCUAGAACCUGUGGGAGCUGGAAUCCAGCAUCUUCAGAAGCUGUCUCAAAAGCUGGACAAAGCCAUCAAGGCUGAAGAGAGUAGUGACAUGACCGUCUCCCUUAUCCGGGAAUGAGGACAGCAAGCAAGCAUUCUACAGGAAGCCGGCUCUGCCCAGCCACUAAGCCACCAGGAUGUCCAUGCCACCCAACCCAUGAACUUCCUGGAGGCGGCAUUGGGUUGAUCAGCAUCCCAGGCCACUGCUAACAAGGACUUGACUAACAUGGGAUCCAGAACCCUUCUACUUCAGCCAUAUCUGGGCCCACGAAUAACCACUGGCCACAGCCUGAGAGUGAUUUAGGAAGACCUUGAAGAGGUGACAGGAACUGCCCAUGUUCCCCCAGUGGACUCUUGGACUCAGGCACACUCAUCCGGCUCUCCAGCCUCAGUUGUCCAUCCAUAUUAGGAAUGUACCAGAGGAUGCUAGAUAGUUCUGAGUCUUGAAACUAGGACCAAGGCCCUGUAGGAGUCAUCUCACGAACCCUCCCCCUGUAUUCCCAGGGCAGAGAUUCUGGAGGACCUACUUACACUGCUACUCCCCACCCCCAGAACCCCACAGGAAGAGAGGAGAUAUUUGCAAGCCUUGGCUCAUGGAGCCUACUUCUAAGCUCCAUGUGGGGGCACUAUGGUGUGC